UUAAACGGAUAGAUUAACAGACCAAUCCUGUGGCUGAGGAGAGGAUUUCCUCUCUUUCCAUUGUGGGUCUAACAAGCAAGGUGUGUGCCAACAGAUUUUAUAAGCACCUGAGAACAGCAGUGACAAGUAGCGACUGGUUCAAAGACGUACAGGUGCUUUUAACAUUUCCCCCAAGGAGCUGGCCAGGAGGGACCCUAACCGGACUGCUGUAGAUGGAGGGGAACAGUCAGAAGGAGCAUCGGGCUUUACUCAACCAAGGAGAAGAGAAUGAGCUGGAGGUGUUUGGAUACCAUACCCAGACUCUGCGGAGAGCCGUGUGCCUUGUCUUCUCUGUGUUGACCAUUGGGGUCCUUCAGCUGAUGUUCUACUGGAGGCCCGAGUGGAGGGUGUGGGCCACCUGUUUCCCAUGCCCUUUGCAAGAAGCAGACACUGUUUUGCUGAGGACAACGGAUGAAUUUCAAAGAUAUAAGAGGAAGAAGGUGGUCUGCCUCUACUUAUCCACACUGAAGUUUCCUAUAAGCAAGAACCCAGAAGACUCCCUGGUGGCUGACUGCCACUCUGUCAUCAACCGAGCAGUAAUGAAACCAGAAUUAAAACUGCGAUGCAUCCAAGUGCAGAAAAUCAGGUAUGUUUGGGAUCACCUGGAGAAGCGGUUUCAGAAAGUGGGGUUGCUGGAAGAUAGCAACUCCUGCUACGACAUCCAUCAUACCUUCGGGCUGGGUCUGAGCAGUGAAGAGCAAGAGGUCAGGAGACUUGUGUGUGGGCCCAAUGCCAUUGAGGUUGAAAUCCAGCCCAUAUGGAAGCUGCUUGUUAAACAGGUUUUAAAUCCAUUUUAUGUAUUCCAAGCCUUCACCCUAACUUUGUGGCUGUCGCAAGGUUACAUAGAGUACUCGGUGGCUAUCAUCAUCCUGACCGUUAUCUCCAUUGUCUUAAGUGUGUAUGAUUUGAGACAGCAAUCAGUUAAGCUGCACAACCUUGUGGAAGAUCACAACAAAGUCCAGGUUACCAUCACUGUCAAAGACAAAGGUUUGCAGGAGCUGGAAUCCCGCCUCUUGGUUCCCGGAGAUAUUCUUGUUCUUCCAGGAAAAUUGUCACUGCCAUGUGAUGCUGUUCUGAUUGAUGGGAGCUGUGUGGUGAACGAAGGCAUGCUCACAGGUGAAAGCAUACCUGUCACGAAGACACCACUGCCGCACACAGAGAACACCAUGCCCUGGAAGUCCCACAGCUUGGAGGAUUAUCGGAAACAUGUGCUUUUCUGUGGAACAGAAGUUAUCCAGGUCAAACCCUCUGGGCAGGGACCUGUGAGAGCUGUCGUUUUGCAGACAGGUUACAAUACAGCAAAGGGGGAUUUGGUGAGAUCUAUCCUCUACCCCCGGCCUUUGAACUUCAAACUAUACAGUGAAGCCUUCAAGUUCAUGGUGUUCCUGGCCUUCCUUGGUGUUGUGGGGUUUUUCUAUGGCCUAGGGAUAUACAUGUACCAUGAAGUCUCUCCAAGAGAUACGACAACCAUGGCCCUGCUCCUCCUCACUGUGACUGUCCCUCCUGCACUGCCAGCAGCCCUGACCAUCGGCAUUGUGUACGCCCAGAAGAGGCUGAAGAAAAAGAAGAUCUUCUGUAUCUCCCCACAGAGAAUCAACAUGUGUGGGCAGAUAAACCUUGUGUGCUUUGACAAAACAGGCACUUUGACAGAGGACGGGCUUGACCUCUGGGGCACAGUGCCUACUUCUGAUAGCUGUUUCCAGGAAGUCCACAGUUUUGAUUCGGGCAAGGCUCUGCCAUGGGGCCCCCUGUGUGCGGCCAUGGCCAGCUGCCACUCUCUGAUCCUUCUUGAUGGGACCAUCCAGGGUGAUCCUCUGGACCUCAAAAUGUUUGAAGGCACUGCCUGGAAAAUGGAAGAAUGCAAUGUAGACUCCUACAAAUUUGGCAUGUUUGAGUCAAACACAGUCAUAAGACCGGGACCAAAUGCUAGUCAGAGUCCGGUGGCAGCCAUCAUCGUCUUGCGCCAGUUUCCAUUUUCUUCGAGUCUGCAGAGGAUGUCUGUGAUUGCUCAGCUGGCCAGUGAGGGUCACAUUCAUGUCUACAUGAAGGGUGCCCCAGAGAUGGUGGCCAAAUUCUGCAGAUCUGAAACAGUGCCCAAGAAUUUCCCAGAGGUGCUACAGAAUUAUACAAUACAGGGAUUCCGUGUUAUUGCCCUUGCCCAGAAAGUCCUGAGGAUGAGGAAGCUUUCAGAAGUGGAGUGCUUAGCAAGGGAGGACGCAGAGUCAGAGUUAACAUUUCUGGGACUUCUCAUAAUGGAGAAUCGCUUGAAAAAGGAAACCAAACCAGUCCUGAAGGAGCUAAGCGAGGCCCGCAUCAGAACUGUGAUGAUUACAGGUGACAAUCUUCAAACGGCUAUUACUGUUGCAAAGACUUCUGAAAUGAUUCCUCCAGGCAGCCAGGUGAUCAUCAUCGAAGCCAAUGAACCAGAAAAGAAUUUUCCCGCUUCUGUGACUUGGCAGCUGGUAGAGAAGCAAGAGACUGGACCGAGGAAGGAUGAAACCUACAUUAAUGUUGGAAACAGCUCAUUACCUGAUGGGGGAAGAGCGGGCUCUUACCAUUUUGCAAUGACUGGGAAAUCAUAUCAAGUGAUAUUUCAGCAUUUCAACAGCUUGCUUCCAAAAAUUUUGGUGAAUGGAACCAUUUUUGCAAGAAUGUCUCCAGGGCAGAAAUCAAGCCUUGUUGAAGAAUUUCAGAAAUUAAAUUACUAUGUGGGCAUGUGUGGAGAUGGAGCCAAUGACUGCGGGGCUUUGAAAAUGGCUCAUGCAGGCAUCUCACUGUCAGAGCAAGAAGCGUCCGUCGCAUCCCCCUUCACCUCCAAAACAGCCAACAUCGAGUGUGUGCCUCAUCUCAUCAGAGAAGGCCGAGCUGCUCUGGUUUCAUCCUUUGGGGUGUUUAAAUACUUGAUCAUGUAUGGAAUAAUCCAGUUUGUUGCAACACUGCUGCUCUAUUGGCAACUACAACUCUUUGGAAAUUACCAGUAUCUCAUGCAAGAUAUAGCCAUUACUUUGAUGGUCUGUUUAACAAUGAGUUUAACUGAUGCCUAUCCAAAGCUGGCUCCCUAUCGACCUGCAGGACAGCUCCUUUCGCCACCUUUGCUGCUUUCGGUCUUCCUCAAUUCCUGUUUCACCUGCAUUGUGCAGGUGUGCGCCUUUUUCUAUGUGAAGCAGCAACCUUGGUAUUGCGAGGUCUACCGAUACCAUGAGUGCUUUCUGACCAGCCAAAGUAAUUUCUCAACGAGUGUGAGUUUGGGAAGAAACUGGACUGGGAAUGCAACCCUGGUUCCUGGCUCGGUUUUAAGUUUCGAGGGUACCACACUGUGGCCCAUCACCACCAUGAACUGUAUCACGAUAGCGCUUAUCUUCUCUAAGGGCAAGCCUUUUCGGAAACCUAUCUAUACAAACUAUAUAUUUUCAUUUCUGCUGAUAUCUGCUUUGGGCCUCACAAUUUUCAUUCUGUUUUCUGAUUUUGAAGAUAUAUACCAAGGGAUGGAGUUCAUCCCAACCAUUACAUCGUGGAGGGCUUUGAUUCUGGUGAUAUCCCUUGUCCAUUUCUGUGUGGCCUUCUUUGUAGAGGAUGCCAUUCUUCAAAACCGAGAGCUCUGGCUCUUGAUCAAGAAAGAAUUUGGACUGUACUCUAAAAGUUCAUACAGGAAAUGGCAAAGAAAGCUGGCAGAAGAUGCUACCUGGCCUCCCACAAACAGGACAAUGUAUUCAGGUGAAAGCAACAAUGGCUUCUACAUCAACAGAGGCUAUGAAAGCCCUGAACAGAUCCCAAAAGAAAAACUCCAACUGGGAGGCCAAGCCACAGAACAGCAUUUUUGGACAAGACUGUAAUCAGAACUGUUGCUGCCUGUGUUAGCAGCAGCAUCUGCUUGCCUCCAAAUUAGAAUAUUGUGGAGAGGAGGGACUAGCAUACCCUUACCUCUUCUUUUUCCAUCUGAGCAUCCAAAAGCACACUUCUCAGCGUAGUGAAGCUUGCAGCAGAGGACCUUGGAUUUAUCUACUUUGAUUCUAUCUUUUACUAUCGAAAGAAAAUGUGCAUCUCUUGGACUAUCAUUUUUAAUAAACUUUAUAUUUUAUUGUGUAAAAUGCAUAGCUGUCGUGGUGAUGGAAUUAGAAGGAUGGACAUCAGUGGGAACAAGGAAAAUCAAGGAAACAUUUGGCCUUUGAAUUUUACCAGUAUAUCAAAAGCCACACCUUUCCUCAAAUUUUACACACACUUGAGAAGAACAUUUCCGGCUGUGGUAGGGUUCUACGACACAAACAAGGAAAACAUGUACUUCAGGAAAUUGAAUCUUAUCUAUACUGUGAGGCAGAGUUUUGUGGAGCUGGAGAAUGAGAGAAGUUUGUGUUAGUUGCAAAUAAUCCUGGCACGGGCAUAGCUAAUAUCUUGCAGACUACACCAAAGGUUGACAUUUCCCAAAGCACGUUGUGAGUAAAAAAUCCAGAGUAAUUCACAAAGGUAAUGAAAUAAGCUAUUAAAAUAUGCUUUUUACUUUCAAAA